AUGCUAGCCGCUACUCCCGCUGCGCCAGCGUCCGCCAUCAUGUACCCAACAACAGGUGAUUAUGGCCACCAACACUCGAACCUCAUGGAUACACCGCCGCAGUUUAAAAAGCACAAGAACCUACCCAGGCCGCAGGAAUCGCAUUUUAUCGGCCAAAGGAGCCAUACGCGACCGAAGGAUCCCAUCAUGCUCACUGCCGCGCUCGCCGCAACCACAAGGUUACAAGGCGCUGGCUCGCGGCCCGUGAAGCAUCAAGCCAGGCGCAUGGACUCAGGCCCAGAUCUCCCGCCGACUCCCCCUCCACAGGCUCGGGCUUCCUCUGGAAACCAUCACCACACCCAGCAUAGUCGCACUGUCGAUUCCCGCAGGGUGCAAACAACGCAGGCCACGCUUCGGCACCCUCCAGUAACCCCUCCAGAGCAGAUGAGUCCGCCGACUCCCGACGUCACGCCGCCACAAGCACAAACCACCGUGAAAACGCUGCGCCCCAGUCAAGACCGCUCCAUCACUGGAACAACGCCGUCUGAGUCCGUCACGGAAUCAUUUACCACCGCUCGAGAGGAGCAAAUGUCUUCUGAGGAUGAAGCCCAUAAGUUCAUGGGGCGCUCCGCGCCAGUCGCAAGUGCAAACCAUCAGCUGCCCAUCCAAAACAACACCAGAUUCCAGGAUCCGCGUGCUGUGCAUUCCGCAGCUGUAGAGAAUGCUUUGCAACAAUUGGCAACACAUCCUGAUGACCUAUAUACCCCAAGGACCCAAACCGACCUCAUUGCCUCUGACGGUAAAUGGAGCCUUGCCGCCGACCUGGAAAAGGACCGCAGAAUAGAGAGUGACCAGGAUAAACGCGCUACGCAAAUUAUCAAUGGCCGCAAGAAACGACAUGACCCGCGGAUACCUCGAAACAUGACAGAGCCCACUCUACAUGGUCUUAUAGUCGAAGACAACGUUGUAAAUAUGACUGCAGCAAGCCGUGCCGCUAGGUACAUGCAUACUAGGGACGGCGCCUUACCAGACGCUUCUCCAGUUAGCUCAUCCAGGCCAUCUCUGUCCGAAACAUCUUUUAGUGUUGAUGCAAAACGAUCCUCCGGUACAUCGGCACAAUCCGGAGCUUCACCUGUCGUUGAAGUCCUCUUAAUGGAGCGUAUGCCGCGAAGGCAGCAAACUUUGAGACAUGUUAAGAAGCAUCAAACCCUCCGCAGUGCCAGCCAAAUGGAGACGAUCCUUCCGCGGCGUGAUGCUGCCUCUACCCGAAAUGCAUCCUUACCUAUGGAUUCCAGAUUGGACGACAGACCGGCCCCGGAAGACCCAGUACCGGCGACUCGUCCGCCCAGGUCUAUAUCCAAUGGUAGAGCUCGUCGCGAAGUAUGGAACAGCGGCGCUAUUCCUGUUGUUAUAGUUCCAGAGCGCCAGUCGUCUCACCGCAGCAGACACAGCCGAGAGCCUUCGUUGCGUUCUACUUCUAGGAGUCGCUCCAGGCGAUCCAAUAGCUUCGAUUCUACGGGUAUUGACUUGCACAGGCCGAAGCACUCGGUUCCAAAUACCGCGUCUCAAGCUAGACGACCCCGGCGGUCGUCCAUUACCAUUGGCGAUGAUGAUGAGUUUACGAUUGACUUUCCACCCGCAAUUCCUCCGCGCUCUUCUUCACUUUCUGCUCCGACUAGCCGAAAUGUUUCGCGAACUACAUCUCUAGCGGCGCGAAGCGCAAAGUCUACUAUAAAUAUCAGCCCUACGAUCAACAUUGAACCGGCUGUAGAAGCAGCCACCAGCACCCCAAAAGCCAGGAGAUUUUCAUUUGAGCAGACGGAGAAUCAAGACGACGACAUGAUUGAUGUUAUUAGCAUAGAUAACCUCUCUGCUAGGAAGUUUUCGUCUCGCAAUACCCCAUUUUCGAUUGCCUCUCUCGACACGAUGGGCACCGCGGCAGAGGUUUCCGAGGCGCACGCCAUACAAAUGUUUCAGCACCAAAACUCGUCUGUUUUGGUAGUAAACCACUCAAACCGACCUUCGGAAGCAUCUGAUCGCACCUUGGAGCAGCCCAAAGACUCAGUCCCCCAGGCGGCUCCUAUUAUAGUCGCGAGUGGACCUGACGAUAUCUUGCCAGUCACUCCCCCAGAUCAAACGCGAGAGAUCAACACCGACUAUAAUUCUCCUCUUCGCAACCCUCGAGUACCGCCAUCCCCUCCUGCGCCUAGCGCUGGCCCCCCUGCUAUUCACCUAAUUCCUGCUACUCCCUCGGGCGAGAGCACUGCCCAGGACCAUGACAAGAACUUGCGCAGCUAUUUUGAUACAUCUGACUCAAGCCCGUUCCGUCGAGUAUCUAUUUUGCGAGGUGCCUUUCGCCGACGUCGAAACUCAAUUGACUAUCCGCCAAGCUCAACGAAGCAACCCAACCUGCUAACGCGAACUUUCUCCUUAUCCCGACACCUAGGCAAGACCUUUGAUACGGGGCUUCGGCCACGCUCAAAGACAGACAUGGAGUGGCUGCCGACGCACACAAGGGAUGAGCUUGAGCCACCAGAAAUUCACAAGCUGCAUCCGUUCUGGCAGCCACAAGACGGAUCCCAGCCAUGUGAAUUUGGAAGCAAGUGUCCUCAUCACGGUAGCCGCAGCCACGGUCCUGCUCCGAAACGAAGUCUGAGCAACCGAAUCAAGACAACAUUUUCGAUCCUGCCUACCCGUUACGAUGAGGUGUAUCCUUCAGCGCUUCCGAGUCCUGAGCGACGCACAAUCCGCCGCACAGACAGUGGGAGUUUGAAGGUGAUGAAGCGCCGCAGCAGUGCGGAAUCAUUACCACACUCGACACAAAUGCAGGAUCAGGCUACUACUGCUAAAGGCGGCUCAAUGCAACGAGGCCCCAUCUUUCCCAGAAAGGGUGGUGGCUUACAGCGCCGGUUUUCAUUGAGCAGCAAAUUAGAUGAGCUUCCAUAUAUCUCGAACAUUAUCAGCGAACGGCGCCGAGAGCGGCGCACUCAGGAGUUAAGGCAGUCUAUUAGUGCGCCUCGUGAAGUCCGGGACAGCAUGGGCGAGGUGAUUCGGCACGAUGGACCUGGGAAUGAGCGACACUCUCAAUAUGUACAUGUGCCCGAUAUUUGA